AUGGCACGCUCAGUAAACCUAAGCCUAGCAUGGCUGCUCCUCACCUCCACAGCGGCGCUACUUGCACCAUCUCCGCCGUCAGCGGUGGCGGAAAUAGCGUGUUCAACCGUGAUCAAGGCGCUCGUACCAUGCUACACCUAUGUGAUGGGUAGUGGACUGGACGUCCCAACUCUCUGCUGUGGCGGCCUAAAGUACCUGGUGAGCUGGGAUUAUCGCAGGGAGGAUGUGCAGGCGGCCUGUGCGUGCUUGGAAACCAUGUUUCACAAUGUGGGUGAGCAGCAAAUUAGCCGCGCCUUGGACAUCCCAGGGAAGUGUGGUGUUGACCUGGGUUUUCAGUUUGGAGGGGACAUGAACUGCGACAGUAUCCAAUGA